AUGGGAAAUGGUAAUCAUCGCCAAUCAUCGCUUUCACGCAACUUAAUUUCUGGAUGUUUACUUGUAGUUCUUGUUAUCCACGUUUCGCCUAAAAAAUUUUGUAACGUUUAAUAAUUGAAAAAUGGGCAGUCAUGAAGAAGAUGAUAUUGAUGAUUUACAAUCCACGACAUAUACUUUUCCGGCCAGUGUUCAAACUGUAAUAGAACAGGUAUUACCUAGCAAUGAUCCUUUGGACCAACCAAAUUUCAAUGCAGUGGAUUACAUUAAUUCCUUAUUUCCUACCGAACAAUCUCUAUCCAACAUAGAUGAUGUUGUCAGCCAAAUGGAAUUUAAAAUAUGUUGUAUUGACAAGGAAAUACGAUCUGUUGUCCAUGGCCAAACUAAUGUAGGUCAGGAUGGACGUGCAGCAUUGGAAGAUGCACAAAAAGUGAUCAGACAGUUGUUUGUGCAUAUAAAGGAUAUUAAAGACAAAGCAGAACAAUCAGAAGAAACUGUUAAAGAAAUUACAAGGGAUAUCAAACAGCUUGACUUUGCAAAAAGAAAUCUAACUGCUUCGAUUACUGCUUUAAACCAUUUGCAUAUGCUUGUGGAUUUAGUAGAUAACUUAAGAACAUUAACACAAAAGAAACAGUACGGUGAAAUUAUAAUGCCUUUACAAGCAAUUAUGCAAGUGAUGGAACAUUUUAGAAGUUACAUGGAUAUUCCUCAGAUAAAGCAGCUAUCAGAUCAAGUUCAUCAGAUUCAUGUUGAGCUUGCGCGACAAAUAACAUCAGAUUUUAAGGAGGCAUUCUCAGGGCAAAAUCCUAAACACUUUACUCAGCUUACAGAAGGAUGCUUGGUACUAUCAGUAUUAGAUCCCAAAGUAAAGAAGGACUUACUCACAUGGUUCUUAGGAAUUCAAUUGCAAGAAUACGCACAUCUCUUUGACGAAAAUCAAGAUUUUGCAUGGUUGGAUAAAAUUGAUCGACGUUAUGCAUGGAUCAAGAAGCACUUGCUAGAGUUCGAAUCAAAAUUCGGUACGAUCUUCCCGCAUGACUGGGAGAUUUCGGAGCGCAUAGCCGUACAAUUUUGCCACGUAACGCGUGAAGAUCUGGCUAAAUUAAUGGAGAAGCGACGCAUAGAAAUAGACGUGAAAUUACUUCUUUACGCUAUUCAAAGAACAAUAAAUUUUGAAAAUUUACUAGCCAAACGUUUUACUGGCAUUACUCUGGAGAAUUCUGACUCACCCUCUAAUAAUAAAGUUACACGUACAACUGCGUUUACUGGAAACGAAGUGCCCGGAAAUCCAUUUGAAGAGGGUGGCAGUGAAAAGGUUGAGCCAGAGAAACCCUCAGCCUCACCAUUCGCAAAUCUCAUUGGAAAAUGCUUUGAACCUUACUUAAAUAUUUAUAUUGAAAGUCUUGAUAGAAACUUAGCUGACCUCAUGGAGAAGUUUGUUUCCGACUGUAAAACUCAACCACCUGGUGCCAAAGAUUUCGAUGGUAUUGAGGGUCCAAGCAGCGUUCUUUCAUCUUGCGCGGAUUUAUUUGUCUUCUAUAAGAAGUGUAUGCUACAAUGCACUCAACUCAGCACAGGCUCUAUAAUGUUAAGCCUUGCAGCAACCUUUCAAAAAUAUCUGCGAGAAUAUGCAUUCAAAUUACUGCAAAAUAACUUACCCAAGAUCGCAGGAAGUGCUGGUAUUGGUACAAGUAUGAGCAACAUAACACGAGAUCUGCGAGAUUUAUCGACAGCUGGCCUCAUACAAAAUUUUCAAAGUUUAUUAAAAGAGGGAGAGAGCACAAGAUUUAACAAAGAAGAACAAUCACGUAUCUGCUGCAUAUUGACAACAGCGGAAUAUUGUCUCGAAACGACUCAGCAACUUGAAGAAAAAUUGCGUGAGAAAACGGACAAGUGCUAUGCUGACAAAAUCAACUUAUCUCAAGAACAAGACAUCUUUCACAAUGUAAUCUCGAACUGUAUUCAGUUACUCGUUCAAGAUCUGGAGUCUGGAUGUGAAUCUGCCUUAAACGCAAUGACUAAGAUUCAAUGGAGUUACAUUGAAAGUGUUGGCGAUCAAAGUAGCUACGUGAGUACAAUAGUUGCUCACCUUCGGCAAACAAUUCCUACAAUCAGAGAUAAACUGUCUUCGUGCAGAAAGUACUUCACUCAGCUCUGUGUGAAAUUUGCAAGCUCCUUUAUACCAAAACUAGUGCAGCAACUUUAUAAGUGUAAACCUUUGAAUGCUGUGGGUGCUGAACAAUUGUUGCUGGAUGUUCAUAUGCUCAAAACAGCUCUACUGGAUCUUCCAUCAACUGGAUGUCAAGUCCAGCGAAAAGCACCAGCCACUUAUACUAAGGUGGUUGUUAAAGGUAUGGCAAAGGCUGAAAUGAUAUUGAAGGUUGUAAUGUCACCUACUGAAUCUCCAAGUGCCUUUGCAGACCAGUGUAGAAAACUUCUACCUGAAUUACCUACUACAGAAUUUCAGAAGAUAUUGGAUAUGAAGGGUCUAAGAAAAACUGAGCAACUACAAUUAGUGGAACAGUUUAAGCAGAGUGGAAAUUCAGACGUGUCGAGAGACACCAGGAAUUAUACUGUACAAGACAGCCCGGAAAACGAAGCUGGUAAAAUAAAGAGACUAGAGAAAUUAAUAAAGAAAAGAAUGUAGGCGAUGUGCAAGUGUUAUCAACACAAUACUUAUCCUGAAAUAUUAUUGUGUAUAUACCAUACAGUUUUGGAAGGUUUCUGUAUUAUGUAUUUUGUCACACGCAGUAUAUUCCAGUAUAAUGUAUUAUAAUUGUGCGUUAUGUAUGAAUAAUUUUAUUGAAUUUUAUCUGUGAAAGUAGAAAUCCUGUAAUAUAUAUUUUAAGUAGAAUCUAAAAAAUUAUGCGG